AUGUUAAUGUCAUUUUUGUUGUUGCAGCAGUUGUUCCGGUCGCAACAAGCUGCGGCGGCCGGCGGGCAGGCGGCGGCGGCGCAGCUGCAACUGCUGCAGCAACAGCAACAACAGCAGUUUCAACUGCAGCAGCAGCUGGCUGCGCAGCAGGCUUUUACGCAAACCCCCUAUGUGAUAAACGCCGGGCAAGAGGGCGCGCCAUACGUGAGCGCGCUGAUAGCGGGCGUGCCGCCGUACUACGGCGUGGCGGCCCCAUGGGGCGUGUACCCCGGGCUGGUGGCGCAGCCCGCGCAGCAGCAGGCGCAACAGCCGCGCCGGCCACUCACUCCUCAACAGGGCGAGCAGCAGGUGAACGGGCAGGGCCAGUACGUGAUCCCGUACUACGACCCCGGCUCGCUGGUGAUGGGCGGGCGCAACGGCACGCCGCUGAGGCUAGUGUCGCCGGGCGGCGUGCUGGCGCCGCGCCAGUACCCCGCCGCACACGCCGCCACGCCCGCGCCGCCCGCACCCGCACAAGCGCAGCCGCAGCAGCCGCAGCAAGGUGUGUAA